AUGCGCAAUUGUGUUUGGUUGUUGCUGCUGCUAAUCUUGGCCAGCGCCAAGGGCAAGCCGCUUGUCUCAUUCGGGCUGGGCGUGCAGGCACAAAGACCGUAUACGAGCACCUAUCUGCCGGGAGAGACGUACUACAACAACUACUAUGGCAUAGCUGGACCAGUGCACCAUGAUGGCGCCUACAGCAGAUACCCCUCGGGCUAUCCGUAUGCCCAGCCCUAUCCGGCCACGUACUCGCCGGGACAGCGCUUCGGUGCGGCACUCGACAUUGGCAUUGGGGCCUUGUCGCUAACCCCGUUUCUGCUUUGA